CGGCGGCAACAGGAGACGCUCACCAUGGAGUUCACGGUGAUCGACUACAGCAUCUUUGCGCUGCUGCUGGUGCUGUCCUCGGCCAUCGGGCUCUUCUACGCGCUAAGCGGGGACCGGCAGCGCACGGUGCAGGAGUUCCUCCUGGCCAACCGCAACAUGGGCUUCCUCCCUGUCGCCCUCUCCCUGCUGGCCACCUUCCAGUCGUCGGCCGUGGCCAUCCUGGGCGUGCCAGCCGAGAUCUACCGCUUUGGCACCGAGUACUGGUUCCUCGGCUGCUCCUACCUCCUGGGGCUGCUCAUCCCGGCCCACAUCUUCAUCCCCAUCUUCUACCGCCUGCGCAUCACCAGCACCUAUGAGUACCUGGAGCUGCGCUUCAACAAGACGGUGCGGGUCUUCGGCACUGUCACCUUCAUCUUCCAGAUGGUCAUCUACAUGGGGGUGGUGCUCUACGCGCCCGCGCUGGCCCUCAACGCAGGUGAGGGGGGACGGGAACAGGGGGGCACCAUCUCCUCCGCCUUCAACUCGCUGGCCACGGUGACGAUGGAGGACCUGGUCCGGCCCCACUGCCCCGGGCUGUCGGAGUCACGGGCCACGCUGCUCUCCAAGCUGCUGGCUCUUGGUUAUGGAUUGCUCUGCCUGGGGAUGGCCUACGUGUCCUCCAUGCUGGGCCCCGUGCUGCAGGCGGCCAUCAGCAUCUUUGGCAUGGUGGGGGGCCCGCUCCUGGGGCUCUUCUGCCUGGGCAUGUUCUUCCCCUGCGCCAACUCCAUGGGUGCCGUCGUGGGGCUGCUGGUAGGAGCCUGCUGCGGGGGCGACCGAGGGGGCGGUGGGGAGAAGGGGCCGCGGAAGCGGAAGGGCCCCAUCCCGGCGGGGCAGGGCGACACGCAGAGCCAGACAAGCGAGGUGACGGUGGAGAGCCUGCACAGCGUCCGCACAGAUUUCAGCCCCGACGCCCUGCAGAAGGCCGUCCGCUUCAACGCUGACUGCUCUCUGCUCGUCACCGGCGGGGCUGACGGCUUCCUCCGCCUNNUGCAGUUCCCCAGCAUGAAGAAGACGCUGGAGUUCAAAGCCCACGACGGGGAGAUCGAAGAUAUCGCGCUGGGCCCUGACAACAAGGUGGUGACGGCGGGGCGGGACUUCCAGUGCUGCGUGUGGCAGCAGGACCAGCUGGUGACGGGGCUGUGCUGGAACGAGAACCUGCCCGGCAUCCCCGACAAGGCUUACCGCUACCAGGCCUGCCGGUGA